CUGGGUCACUCUCUCUCUCUGUGUUUGUCUCUGCCGGUCUCACUUCCUCUUGUGUUUAACCUGCUUCCACAGAGCGGAUGUUCGCCGGGGGGCCGGUGCCUGGAUUAGGGGUCUGAAGGAGCCGCUCCGGACAGCUGCGUCCCCGCCAAGAGCCGCCCAUGGUACAAGAUGCUGACCGUCAAGCUGCCCCAGCUGCUGAGCGUGCAUCAGAUGCCCCGGGUAUUUUGGGAAGAUGGGAUCAUGUCCGGGUACCGUCACCCGAAGAGUACCGCCCUGGACUGCCUCCUCAGCUCCUUCCAAAUGACCAACGAAACUGUGAACAUCUGGACCCACUUCCUCCCAACAUGGUACUUCCUGUGGAGGUUCCUCCUGCUCUCAUACACACUGGAUUUUCUCGGGGACCCAUACAACUGGCCCCUCCUGGUUUACAUGAUGCUGAUCUGCCUUUACCCCUUCACCUCCAGCUUCGCCCACACCUUCAGUAGUAUGUCUGCCCACGCCCGCCAUAUAUGCUACUUCCUGGACUACGGAGCCCUCAGUCUCUACAGCCUGGGCUGCGCCUUCACAUACGGGGCCUAUGUCAUGCCUGACCGCUGGGUAAAUGGCACCCUGCACCGAUAUUAUGUCCCCAUCGCGGCCUUCAAUACCUUCAUCUGCACUGGCCUCUCCUGCUACACCCGAUUCCUGGAAGUAGACCGGCCAGCGUUAAGUAAAGUUCUGCGCACAGUGGCUUUUGUGCACCCCUUUGUCUUUGACAACGUCCCCCUGUUCUACCGGCUCUUUUUCUGUCAUGGAGAAGGUUGCAACUGGAAUGAAGCCAUCCCUCUGCAUUUAUAUCACCUCUUCUUUGCCUUCUUGACCGGAUUCCUCUUCGCUUCCCACCUUCCGGAACGCCUGGCCCCUGGUCGCUUUGACUACUUUGGUCACAGUCACCAGCUCUUCCACAUCUGUGCCGUCAUGGGGACCCAUUUCCAGAUGGAAGCAGUGCUGACCGACCAACUGUCCCGCAAGGCUUGGCUCGGCUCAUUCUCAGAGAAGGACACGUUGGUGAUUACCUUGGGCGUGGUGGCCACCUCGGUGAUAGGAAAUGUCAUCCUCAUCUGUUUCUUCACUGCAACUUUGCUCUGGUCGCCCCGAGCCAACUCCAUCCUCCAAAAUUACAUCCCAGGAGAGUCCAAAGUCAAGCAGCAUUGACCAUAGUACUCUCCCGUCCAAGAACUUUGCAGUUCUCCGUCUGCACGGCCAGUCCUCAUCUCAGCAUUAACAGCCAUAGGGGUCCCUCCCCCACCUUCUCAGCCUCAGGGCCGAA